GUGAGCGCGGCGCUGCGGCAAAGAAGCAGUGUGUUGCGCGAGCCGAAGAGGUCGCUGAGAAGCUUCCUCCAGGAGCUGCGAAAGGUCUGCAAAAUGCAGCACCUUCAGGCCCGGAAGGCAUUGAUCCAAUAACCAUGGAGCGGCUUCUGAGCCAGGUGCAAAAAGGUGGUCCUUCGGUACAAAACGAAGCGCUCGUCGCAGUGACAGGCCUUCCGCCACAGCAUGCGGCAAAGCUCUUGGAGUUUGCCCUUGAGAAGUCCAAGGAGCUACGGGACCCGUCGAUGUAUAUGGUGUCCACGGUGGCAAGGGGCUUCAAGCCCAGAUGGCACGAAAUGGUGGAGGCCUCUGUCCCUUCCAAAGGAAAAGGCGUACAACUUGAGCUGGCGCAAGAUCGAAAGCCGCACAAAGCCAGGAGUGUUCUACUGGGAGAAUUUUCACACAGGCCAGAGAUCAGUGGACGACCCGCGACGUCCGGUUUCUCCUUCCCCUGUGCGUGGUGGCAUGGGCAAAUGAGACCUGUACUUUAG